AUGAAAUUUUAUAUUGACGAGCUUCCUAUUCUUUUCCCAUAUCCCAAAAUAUAUCCAGAACAAUAUGAAUACAUGUGUGACAUUAAAAAAACUUUAGAUGCAACAGGUAACUCUAUACUAGAAAUGCCUUCAGGCACAGGAAAAACCGUAUCUUUAUUAUCCAUAACUGUUGCAUAUCAAAUGUUUCAUAAGCAAGAAAAUGGGUCAUUCCGAAAAAUUGUAUAUUGUUCACGUACCAUGUCAGAAAUUGAAAAGGCCUUAAUUGAGUUGGAUAAUUUGAUGAAAUAUAGAACAAAGGAAUUGGGGAGUGAAGAAUCUUUUUUAGGCAUAGGUUUAACUUCCAGAAAAAAUUUAUGUCUACACCCCAAGGUAAAAAAAGAGAGGAAAGGCACCAUUGUUGAUGAAAAAUGUAGACGGAUGACUAAUGGACAGGCAAAGGCCAAAAAACUUGAAAAUCCAGAGUUGGAUAUCGAGUUGUGUGACUAUCAUGAAAACAUGUACAAUUACGAAUUAAAAGAUUAUUUACCCAAUGGCGUGUACUCGUUUGAAAAAUUAAUUGAUAUUUGCGAAGAGAAAACAAUGUGUCCUUAUUUUACAGUUCGGCGUCUAAUUUCAAUGUGCAAUAUAAUCAUUUAUUCCUAUCAUUAUGUUUUAGAUCCCAAAAUUGCUGAAAGGGUCUCCGAACAAAUCAAUAACGAUUCUAUUGUUAUCUUUGAUGAGGCGCAUAAUAUAGAUAACGUUUGUAUUGAGUCUCUUUCCUUAGAUUUAACUAAUGAUGUUUUAAAAAAAGCAUCAAAGGGUUGUAAUGCAUUGAGUAGAGAAAUUGAAAGGACCAAGCAAGUCGAUGCACAAAGUUUGCAAGACGAAUACAACAAAUUAGUUAGAGGAUUAAGACCGGAAGAAAUAUUAGAACCAAAUGAAGAGCCCUUGGUAGAAACGCCUGUCCUAUCAGCCGAUGUUUUGAAUGAGGCAAUGCCUGGUAACAUUAGAAAAGCUGAACACUUUGUUUCUUUUUUGAAACGUUUUAUUGAAUACUUAAAAACGAGAAUGAAAGUCUUGCAUGUCAUUUCAGAAACACCACAUUCGUUUUUACGUCAUUGCAAACAGUUAACUUUUAUAGAAAAUAAACCAUUAAGAUUUUGUUCAGAAAGAUUGGCAUUAUUGGUAAGAACGUUAGACAUUGAAGAUAUUGAGGACUUCGCUGCAUUGAAAGAUAUAGUAACAUUCGCCACUUUAGUUUCAACUUAUGAGGAUGGCUUUAUAUUGAUCAUAGAACCAUUUGAAAUAGAGAAUGCAGCUGCGGUUCCUAAUCCUAUUUUACGGUUUACAUGUUUAGAUGCAUCUAUUGCUAUAAAACCUGUUUUUGAAAAAUUUAGCUCGGUGAUUAUCACUUCCGGUACUAUAUCUCCGUUGGAAAUGUACCCUAAAAUGUUGAACUUUGAGACUAUAUUACAAAAAUCAUAUUCUAUGACGUUAUCAAAAAAAUCUUUUUUACCCUUGAUUAUUACUAAAGGCUCAGAUCAGGUUGCUAUUUCAUCGAGAUUCGAGAUCAGGAAUGAUCCAAGUAUUGUUCGUAAUUACGGCUCUAUGUUGGUUGAAUUUUCAAAGAUUACUCCAGACGGCAUGGUUGUGUUUUUCCCAUCAUAUCUAUAUAUGGAAAGUAUUAUCUCCAUGUGGCAAACAAUGGGUAUCCUUGAUGAAGUGUGGAAAUAUAAGUUAAUUCUAGUUGAAACACCAGAUGCACAAGAAACUGCUUUGGCCUUGGAGACAUAUCGUAAAGCUUGUUCAAAUGGGAGAGGCGCAAUUUUGUUAAGUGUCGCAAGAGGUAAAGUUAGUGAAGGUAUCGAUUUUGAUCACCAUUUUGGUAGAACGGUAUUAAUGAUCGGCAUCCCAUUCCAAUACACCGAAUCACGUAUUUUGAAAGCUAGAUUAGAAUUUAUGAGGGAAAAUUAUCGUAUAAGAGAAAACGAUUUUCUUUCCUUUGACGCAAUGAGACAUGCUGCACAAUGUUUAGGUCGUGUUUUGAGAGGUAAAGAUGAUUAUGGUGUAAUGGUCUUGGCCGACAGACGAUUUUCAAGAAAAAAGAGGCAAUUGCCUAAGUGGAUCGCCCAAGGUCUAAGUGAUGCUGAUUUAAACUUGUCAACAGACAUGGCUAUAGCUAAUACUAAGAAGUUUUUAAAGGCAAUGGCUCAACCAAGCGAUCCUAAAGACCAAGAAGGUGUGUCUGUUUGGAGUUACAAUCAAUUAAUUGAACAUCAAAAUAAGCAAAAAGCUAACAAUACAAAUGUGUCUAAUCGUGGUGGGUUUACUCUCGAUUAUGAGGGUGAUGUGGAAAUGAAAUAA